ACGUCGGGGACGUCGGAGGCGUCCAGCACCCGCCCGCGCGCUCCCGAACUCACCUCCCGCGGCAGCCCCUCAGGACUCUUCAGCCCCGCCAACCCGGAGGAGGUGGGAUGGACUCCGGGCCGCAGGGGCUGCCGGGAGCCUGUUGCCUAGGCAACGAGUUAGGCCUCAGAGAGUAGCAGUGACUCCGAGAGCGGCAGAACCCACAAGUGUUGGCGGACCCAGGGGCGGAAGUGACGUCACUUCCUCAGUCCGCGGGCGGGUUUUUGGGUCUUCUCCGGAUCUACCUGUGGGCCGCCGCAUGGAAGCAAAGACUCUUGGGAUCUCAACACCAAGAAAACCUGUCUUAUCAGUCAGUGCGAGAAAACUUAAGGACAAUGCUGCUGACUGGCAUAACUUAAUCCUGAAAUGGGACAGCCUCAGUGACAAGGGUUUCACCACAGCGAGCAGCAUUGCCAACCUGAAAGUCAGCUUGUUGAGUAAAGAGAAGGUUGGAUUAGAGAGCAGCAGCCCAACCUCCACUGAAGAAGAAGAAAAGACAAACCUGGACUACGAUAAGGGACUCGAAGCACUGUGUGAGGAGCUGCAGGCCAUCUUGGACGGCUUGACUAAAAUACAAAUGAAAAUGGAAAAGCUGUCUUCAACCACCAAGGGAAUUUGUGAACUAGAAAAUUACCACUACAGGGAAGAAAGCAGCCGGCCCCCUCUGUUUCACACGUGGCCCACAGCCUUCUUUUAUGAGGUCUCCCACCGGCUUUCCGAAGCAUACAAGAAGGAGCUCCUUUUGAAGCAUACCAUUGGUGCAGAGCUAGCCCAUACUGCAGACCGCAACCUCAGCCUGACCUACCUGUCCAUGUGGCUGCACCAGCCCUACAUAGAGAGCGACAGCAAGCUGCAGCUGGAGAGCAUGCUGCUCGAAACAGGUCACCGGGCCCUGUGACUGCCUGUGACCACAGCUUGGAGCUCCAGACCACUGGCUGGACAGUCAGUCCCUUGGGUGGAACCUGUUGUGCCCCAAGGCCAGAUACUUUUAGGGUCCUGGGAUCACUCUCCCCGCCGCUGCAGCCUUUCCAGACACACAGGCAUUGCUGAGCUGUCCUCCCGCUGCUUCCCAGGUGUCACUGUCAUGAAGCUCCACUGAGUGACAGGAACAAGAACAGCUGAGGGCUGAGUUCUAUAAACCAGUGAACUUUACUGUUCCAUCUGUGGAGACAACUUGAGCUUCCCAUUUCUAUUUUGUACCUAUCUAACGUGUGUGUAUGUGCUGCUGGAAAGCAAAUCAAGACUUCACACAAGCUGAAUAUUCAAUCACUUGUCCAUACUCCCAACCCUGUGCUUUGAAAAGAAUGUUUUAGUUCUGAAACUAAACAUCUAAAGUCUCAUAAGUAGGGACUGAGAGAUGAUUUAGCAGUUGAAAGCACUUGUGGACUUCUGGUCUCCCCUGGCAGCCACACGUAUUUGCUGGCACACACAUGCACACACAAUCUUUAAGUUUUAUUUUUACUUAGGUAUCUGUGUAUGGGCCGAAUGUAUAGAUGAUCAGGGCAACUGUAACUGGGAGUGGGGUCCUUGGAGCUGGAGCUACGAGAGGUUGUCAGCCACCUGAUUUGGGUGUUAGAAACCAAACUGCAGUCAGUCCUCUGGAAGAAUAGUUUAUGCUCUUAACUGCUGAGCCAUCUCUCCUAUGG